GUUGCUUUUGAAAGCAACAGCAGAAGCAGACAGUGCCUUUUGUUGUUAUUGCAGCUGUGAUAGUUUUAAAAACAGUAUUCUUGUGAAUACAAUACUGCAACUAAAUCAACAAUAUAAUAAGCGUUAAUAAAGAGAUGCUUUUCAUUUCCUAGUACAGCUGGAGAAGAACAUUUGAACAACAUGUGCUGCAAGUGCUGUGGAGAAACUCAACGCAAGAGCUGGGUCUUUGGUCUAGGAUCGGUGUUUGUUAUAUUGGGCAUACUAGCUGUGGUGCUGUGGCCUGGACUGGCGGACAAGCUGGUGGAGAAUGGUCUCAAACUGGCGCCUGGCACUGAUACCUACGACAGCUGGGUAGAAGCACCUAUACCCAUUUACUUGGAAUUCUAUUUGUUCAACUGGACCAAUCCAGAGGAUAUACGCAAUCCGAAUAUUAAACCACAUUUUACAGAGCACGGUCCCUAUGUUUACUUGGAGAAACAUAAAAAGGAGAACUACACAUUUUAUCCAAAUGCAACAGUUUCAUAUUAUGAGCGACGCACUUGGUUCUUUGACCAUCAGCGCUCCAAUGGCACGGAAAAGGAUUUGAUAACAGCGGCGCAUGUUAUCACAGCGACAGUUGCCGAUGAAAUGCGUCAUGUGAAUCGAUUGUAUAAGAAAGUUAUUAACUUUAUGCUGAACACGGAGGGUGGCAAGUUGUAUGUCACCAAGCCGGUGAAUGAGUGGAUCUUUGAUGGCUAUCAGGAUGAUCUUACCGACUUUCUGAAUCUUUUUAAUACCACUAAGAUUGACAUACCCUAUACACGCUUUGGCUGGCUGGCAGAUCGCAACCAAUCGCUGGAGUACGAUGGUUUGUUUACAAUACACACAGGCACCGAUGACAUAUCCAAUAUAGGACGUCUUACGCAUUGGAAUAGCAAGAACGAAACGGGUUUCUAUAAGGCGCCCUGUGGCAUUGUCAAUGGCACCACUGGCGAUCUAUUUCCACCCAAAAUGAAUGUAAACGAUGAGGUUACCAUAUUUGCCACCGAUGCUUGUCGUUUUAUGAAUCUGCGUCCGGAGGGCACUUUGGAGCGACAUGGCCUGACUGCUACACGCUGGGUGGGCACAGAGGAAACACUCGACUCGGGUGAAAACUAUCCCAAUCAGCAGUGCUUCUGCGAUCCGCGUUUGGAGGAGUGUCCCAAGACAGGCGUAGUGGAGUGCAAGGCUUGUCGCGAUGGCGCACCCAUCUACUCUUCAUUUCCACAUUUCUAUUUGGCAGACAAGUCGUAUUUGAAUGCUGUCAGCGGCCUGCAGCCGGACAAGUCCAAGCAUGAGUUUGUCAUGGCUGUGGAGCCAACGCUGGGCGUGCCAGUGCAAGUGCAUGGACGCAUUCAGAUUAAUAUGAUGAUGGAGCCGGAUGAGGACUUUGACAUUUAUCGCGGUGUACAGAAGCUGCUGAUGCCCAUGUUCUGGUUUGAUCAAAAGGCAGAGCUAAGCUCAGAGCUGGCAGCUAAGGCGAGAUUGGCAAUCAAUCUGUCCGACUAUGGCUUCUACUUUGGCAUUGCCUCAAUUGUCUUUGGCGGCAUUUUCUUAAUCACAGGCAUAACACUUACAAUUACCAAGCGCUGGGUGCGUCGUCCUGUUGAUGAUGAGGACAUUUUAACCAACUAAAGCAUUAAUAGUCAAGUUUUAAAUCAAAUGCCAAAGUGCCAAGACGCAUAUUGUUAUUGUUUAUACAGUUGGCCAUUAUUUAAUUGACAUAAUCUAAUUGUGAUACACACACACACACUCAGACAAACUCACACACACACACACAUACUAAGCUUAAAUUGAAAUUAUUUUCUUGUUUAAUGUUACUUACGUGCAAUAAUUCAAACAGUUUAUAGCCAUUUAAACUAAACAGUCAGCAUUCCUUUAAGCUUAUAUUACAUAAAAUAAAAACAAAUUGUUUUUAAAAUAA